AUGCAUCCAGAAUCGGACUUACCUACCGUGGCUGUUGACGUGUCAAUCGCCUCGCAAAAGUUAAUGCGCACUCGCAAGAUGGAGAACGAGGGCCCACGAUAUACGGUGCAGUUUGUCCACUGGGAUCACAUCCACGCUGACACUUUGGAAGGCGUCUUUCGCCAAGUCUACAAGGCUCCCUGCUACAAUUGCUCCCGCCACCGCCACUCACCGCAGCCAUCAGUACAGGCCGCUACAACUGGAUGA